AUGGCUCUAGGGAAUGAGAUAAACAUUUCAAACAAGCUAAAGAGGCAGGAAAUUUUUGCUGAUAUAAAACAUGAGAAAAAUAAAGAGCGUCAUACCAUGAGAAGAAAGAGGGCCAAGGAGGAAAGAGAGAACCCAGAACUGCGGGAGAAAAGAUUGAGAGAGAAUGUAACACAAACUAUAGAGAACACUAGGGUUUACGAUGAGACUAUUAACGGGGAGGUGGAAGGAGACGAAGAUGAUUUGAUGAGAUACUUCAACAGUAAUUCUAAUGAGCCACCAAAGAUUUUUCUGACCACGAAUGUAAACGCCAAGAAGAGUGCUUAUGAAUUUGCCAACAUUUUGAUUGAAGUGUUGCCAAAUGUCACGUUUGUAAAAAGAAAAUUUGGCUAUAAGUUGAAGGAAAUAUCUGAUAUUUGUAUAAAGAGGAAUUUCACUGACAUUGUCAUAAUCAAUGAAGAUAAAAAAAAAGUAAAUGGCCUUACAUUCAUACAUUUGCCAGAGGGCCCGACUUUUUAUUUUAAAUUGUCAUCGUUUGUGGAAGUAAAGAAAAUCGUUGGACACGGUAGACCAACCAGUCAUAUUCCAGAACUUAUCUUGAACAACUUUCAAACAAGACUAGGUCAGACAGUGGGUAGAUUAUUCCAGUCCAUUUUGCCUCAAAACCCAGAUAUUGAAGGUCGACAGGUGAUUACUUUACAUAACCAAAGAGAUUACAUUUUUUUCAGAAGGCAUCGUUAUGUCUUUAAAGACAAUGAAAGGGUUGGUUUGCAAGAACUGGGCCCGCAAUUCACUCUUAAACUGAAGAGGUUACAAAGAGGUAUCAAAGAAGAAACUGAGUGGGAGCACAAGCCUGAAAUGGAUAAAGAAAAGAAGAAGUUUUAUCUAUAA